UCGUUGUCGCUCGAUAUCCUCAACACCCGCGUCCUAGUCCCGAGUCCCUCUGCGAUCGACCGCGUAUAAAGGCAGUGCCCGCUGCUGUCAGCUCAACCGCCACCCUGGAUUCCCAUAUCCACGACACAUCUGCAAUCACCUACACAUUGCCUACAACAUGAGACGACCCGACUACUAUGCCAAGCUCCCGCUCUGCGGCUGCUUUGUCGUGGUCCAAAGUCACCGCAAAUGGCUGCCUCUCAUUAACCUCGACGCCCAUUCCACCAUCGUAUCAUCCACCUCGCGCACCGUCCUCAAGCAGACCUUUACCAACCCCAACUCCAAGUCUGCGCUUAAUGAGGUCCGUUACGACUUCCCUCUCUACGAUGGCGUCUCGGUAGUUGGCUUUCGGUGCACCGUGGGCGACCGCGUCAUCACCGGCGUCGUCAAGGAGAGGCAGGCCGCCAAAAAGACGUACGAUGAUGCCGCGAGCAAGGGCGAGACGGCCGCCCUGUUGCAGCAGAACCUCAGAGUCGCCGACGUCUUCACCACCACGCUAGGAAAUGUGCCCGCAGGCGCCAAAGUCACGGUUGAGAUCACGUACCUCGGCGAGCUCGAGCACGAUGCCGAGACGGAUGGGUUGCGCUUGACCAUUCCGACCAGCAUCGCGCCACGCUACGAUUCCGGCAGGACGAUUGGUAGCUUCGACAGCAUAAAGGUCGGCGGCGGCAAGAUCAGCAUCACCGUCGACUGCGAAAUGGCCGAAGGCUGCUCCAUCACGAGUAUCCAGUCGCCCACGCAUCCCAUCUCCGUUCGCAUCGGCCACACCUCCGCCUCCGCCUCCGGCGCAGCGAGUCAGCCCGCCUCCUUGCGCCGUGCCUCGGCCACCCUCGCCCUGGGAUCCGCGCAUCUCGAAAAGGAUGUUGUAGUUCAGGUCGUUGCCGACGGCCUUGGUAACCCGACUGCGCUGCUCGAGACGCACCCAACCCUGCCCAACCGUCGCGCCAUCAUGGCGACCCUGGUGCCGCGCUUCAACCUCCCAGCCGACAAACCCGAGGUUGUCUUUGUGUGCGACCGCAGUGGCAGCAUGGGCGUCGGCCAGAAGAUACCCAACCUUAUCGCUGCCUUGCAGCUUUUCCUCAAAUCGUUACCCGUCGGCGCCCGGUUCAACGUCUGUAGUUUCGGUUCAAGCUGCACCUUUUUAUGGGAAAAGUCCCGCCUCUACGACAGCCAGGAGACGCUCGACGCCGCAGUUAACCACGUUAAAGGAUUCUCGUCCAACUAUGGCGGCACUGAAAUGUACACGCCGUUGGAAGAGACCUUUCAGCGCCGCUACAAAGAUAUGAAUCUCGAAGUCUUUCUGCUGACGGACGGCGAGAUCUGGGAGCACGACCGGCUCUUCGGCCUUAUCAACGACAACGUGCAGGAGAGUAAGGGGGCCAUCCGCGUCUUUACGCUUGGCGUCGGCGAGGAGGCGAGCUCGGCGCUCAUCAACGGCGUUGCACGAGCAGGCAAUGGCUUCGCUCAGCGAGUUGCCGAGGACGAAAAGAUGGACAAGAAGAUCAUCCGCAUGCUAAAGGGUGCAUUGACACCUCACGUUACCGACUAUGCGCUCGAUGUUAAGUACGGUGACGGCGGCGACGAAGACUUUGAGGUCGUGGAAAAGGUUAUGGAUGCGCUGUCUCUCGAUGUCGGCACGACCAGCCAAUCGAGCGAGCCGAGCGGCAACGAACCCAUCUCGCUCUUCAACACGGACACCAAGGACGAGGACAUGGAAAUGCCCGACUCGAAGACGGGCAUCGACGCCAAAUUCGAGGGCCUACCUGCCGUCCCACGGCCCCGGUACCUGCAGACCCCAUUCAAGAUUCCCGCGCUCUUCCCAUUUAAUCGCACCACGGUGUACGUAAUGUUAUCGGACGAGACCUCACACAGUGGGAUGCCAACGUCAGUCAUCCUGACGGGCACGUCAGCACGGGGCCCGUUGCGACUGGAGAUUCCUGUGACGCCCCUGGCUGACAAAGGGUCUACAAUCCACCAACUAGCGGCACGAAAGGCCAUCCAGGAGCUUGAGGAGGGCAGGGGCUGGAUCACCCAUGCUAAGGAUACCAAGGGAAACUUGCUCAAGAAGCAAUUCGAAGGCCAGUUUGAGCGGAUCGUGCAGCGUGAGGCGGUCGGCCUCGGCGUCGAGUUCCAAGUGGGCGGGAAGUGGUGCUCUUUUGUCGCCGUACAAGAGGACAAGGACAAGGAAAAGAGAGGUGACGCAGACGCAAAGGAGCUGGGUGAGUUCGAAGUUGUUCACCCGCCAGAGCCGAUAAAGCCCGUCAUGUUUGGCGGCGCAGCUCCCCGUCGGCGCAUGAUGGCUAUGCCUGCUGUUGCCUCGGCAUUUGCGGCUCCCCCGCCGCCAGCUCCAUCGAGCACGCGACCGGCUCCGAUAUAUAGCAUGAACGCACCGGGUGGAUUUGGUGGCCUGCAGUCCGUCAACAGCCCCAAGAUGGGACGAUCUGCACAAGCCGGCCCCCGUGGCUUCGGUGAGGGCCCUCGUGCUUUGGGGCUCGACGCAGACGGGGCAUCCUUCGGCGCCGAGGACCUCCAACUUCAAGCAGAGAUGUCCCCUGCUGAGGAGGGGUUGGACAUGCUCCGCGGCGCGAUUGGCAGGGGUACCAGACGGGAAAAGGCAAAAGGAAGCCCGCUCGAUGUGCUGGCUGCGCUGCAGACGUUUGUAGGAAGCUGGUCGUGGAGCAGGGAGCUGGAAGAGGUGCUAGGUCUGACGCAGAAGGAGGCGGGCUCCAAGGUCCCAAACCUACAGGGAGACGCUCUGGCGACGCUGUGUGCCGUGGCGUACCUGAGGAGGAGACUGGCCGGCGACAAGGACGCGUGGGAGCUGAUGGUGGAUAAGGCAGAGAGCUGGCUCGAGGACCAGACCGGGGAGGCCAAGGAGGCGCUGGCCAAGAGGGUGAGGGACGCGGCGCUCUUUGCGUAGGUUUGGCAGAGGAUGAGCUGGCAUUUAUGAGGCCAUGAAUUUCGACUUGCAGGUCACAUAACAAGCAUAUGCGCGCAGACUACUCUGUAUACUAUAUAAUGCCGUUGCCCCGCU